AUGACGCUGCCCGCUCGGGGCUUCCAGUCUGGAAGCCGAAAGCACCAGGCCCCACACACUGCUCCAUUACGCACCUGCCUCCCAAGGGGAAUGCAGCCAACGGGCCCCGGGACAGAGCAGUGCUCACCAUGCUGCUGUACCUCCCCCCUGCUUCUCCUGAUGGGGCUGUCUGCUUGCACUGUGGUAGGUGACAGGGAACUGGCACUUGAUGCUGAAGCUGGGUCCUGGGUGACCGUGACCCCGGAGGAAGAUGUUGUGCCCAGCAUUCAGCUCCAGCUCUGGGAAGUGAAGAGGGGCAAAGCGAGCCAGUUCUUUGGACUGAUGGGGAAGCAGGUCGGAGGAAUACCUCCCAUCCAGCCAGAGAGAAGAGGGUAUCAGCGAGGACCAGUAGUCCAGGGCCACCUGGGCAGGGGAGGACCAUCUACAGAAGGCCGAGAGGAUGAGGACCACUGGUCAGAGUGA